CCCGUUUUGACCACAGACUCUUUCUCUCUCCACUUUCUAGCCUUGUAGCUAGCUAGCUAGCUUCAUGCGUAGAUAGGUGCGCAGCAGGUAAACGACGCGCAAGGUGUGCUGCGUGCUGCGCAGGCAGGAUCAAUAGAAUCCAUGGAGCGGGCGCGGGCGCGGGCGCCGGCUCUGGCUCUGGCGCCGGUGGAGGUUCCCAAGUUCUUCGUGUGCCCGAUCUCGCUGGAGGUCAUGCGGGACCCGGUCACGCUGUCGUCGGGGAUCACCUACGACCGCGACAGCAUCGAGCGCUGGCUGUUCACCGACGGGCACGGCGACUGCCCCGUCACCAAGCUGCCGCUGGGCGCCGACGACCUCGAGCCCACGCCCAACCACACGCUCCGGCGGCUCAUCCAGUCCUGGUGCGCCGCGCACGCCGUCGAGCGGUUCCCCACCCCGCGCCCACCGGUCGACGCCGACCGCGUCGCCGCGAUCGUGGGCUGCGCCAAGAAGGGUGGCCAGCAGGAAGUGCUGGCCGCGCUCAGGGAGCUCGCGGACAUCAUCGGGGAGAGCGACCGCAACCGGCGCUGCGUCGAGGGCGUGCCAGAAGCCGUGGAGUUCCUCGUGUCCGUCGUCAAGAAACACGCCGCAGGCACGUCGUCGUCCAAGCCUCUCGGCGGAUGCAGAUCCCAAGAGGAGCCGAUGUGCGGCGUGCCGGACUCCCCUAAGGCGUGCUCGCCGGAGGAGGCGGCUCUGAGCAUCUUGCAUUCUCUCAAGCUCUCCGAGGCGAGCCUGAAGAGAGCCUUGGAGAGCAGCGACGGUUUCGUGGACACCUUAGCGUCCGUGCUGCGCUGGCCGCCGAACUACCGGGCGCGCACGUACGCGAUGCACCUGCUGAAGGCGGCGCUGUCGGCGAUGCAGCCCUCGCAGCUGAGCUCGGCGAGCACGGAUCUGGUCGAGGGCGUCGUGAGGGUGGUGGCAGACCGGACGUUGUCGCCCAAGGCGAUCAAGGUGGCGCUUCACGUGCUCUGCCGGCUUUGCCCGUGGGGCCGCAACCGCGUCAAGGCAGUCGAGGCCGGCGCCGUGGCGGCGGUGGUGGAGCUGCUCCUCAACGUGGGGUGCGGGUGCGGUGGCAGCAACGGCAAGCGGGCGGUGGAGCUCGCGGUGGUUGCCAUCGAUCAUCUGUGCGGCUGCGCAGAAGGGCGGUUGGAGCUCGUGGCCCACCCGGCAGGGCUGGCUGUUGUUGCGCGAGCCGCGACGCGGCUGUCCCCCACCGCCACCGAGAGCGCGGUGCGCGCGCUGCACGCGGUGGCCAGGCACUCCGCGACCCCCGCGGUGCUGCAGGAGAUGCUUGCCGUCGGAGUAGUAGCGAGGCUGCUGUACCUGGUGCAGGCCGGCGCAUCGGGCGAGCGCCCGAGGGAGAGGGCGCGGGAGAUGCUCAAGAUGCACGCCAGAGUUUGGAGGGGCUCGCCGUGCUUGGCGUCGCACAUGGCAUCCUACCCUUGUUGAUAUCGCAUGCCAGCGUUCCGCAGCCAACCAAGACCGAUCACCAUUUGCAUUUGGUCACUAUUCUCGCGUUUGAUCUAGUCGUCUGUUUGUUCGUCGUCUCAUACCUAAUCAUACGUAGAGAUACGGCAAAACCUUUUUCUUUGCUCAUUUUUUUUUCAUGUAAAGAUUUUUACUCUUAGGUCGGGACUCGGGAGGUUUGAUAAGUAAUUAAGUUCCCUAAAAUGGGGUUCGGAUAAGAUAUGCGUUAGUGUAAAUAAUGUAUGUAUUACAUUUUCUAUGCAAAAACAACAUUAUUUCAACCUGCUGAUCAAUUUUCUUUUC